CUUAAUCUGCCCAAGGCCUUUAUAUAAAUGGCUGUCCACAGCUGCUGCAAAUUGAUUUAUCCCCGAUAAAGGUCGGGUUGCUGACCAAAGCAUUUUCUUUCUACCCUCUAUGUGAACUGAAAUCUGUUUUGCAGGGUUUUUUCCCUCUUAGUUUCCUUUUAAACAUCUGUACCGUUUUUAAGUGCACUCGGUGGGUUUUAUUAUCAUACCCUUCCCUUUGCAUAGAACAGGAAUGGAACUGGGUCUGUGCCCAGUUGAGUCCGUCCUCAACAGAAUACAAAUUGACCAGCUCCUCUGUGAUAAACGGUUUGUUAGCGUUGGGGGCCUCCUUUUAGUUUAUUACAGCACUUUGCCUUGACCAUGUGAGUAUUCUGUUGUGCCCGGUUUAUCCUGUCACACAAUUCCUUAGACAAGGUCGCCAAAUAUCAUUGUUUGUUAUACCAUCAUAGCCCAACCUGGGUGUUGGUGUUAGCUGUGAUGUGCACAAACAGUAGCAGAUUCAUAAUUCUAAGGAUUUCUUCCCCUGGUUUAUCCUUAAAGUCUAGUCUAGUUUAACAUUAUGGGGUUUUCAGAUAGCAUAGAUAGAGCUCAUUUCAUUUUUCUUUUUACUGAUGGUUAUUUUUUAAGGGAGGGCUGAAAAAAAAAAUUUCACCCAAAAUUAAUUAGGGAAUCUUACUUUGACUCAGACUCUUUUUUUUGCAGCCAGGAUGGAUCUUGAGGAAGUCAAUUUACCAUUGAUUUACUUGUACUGUAAUUAAUUAGCAUUUGAUAUUUCUUUGGUUUAUUCUCUCAAAAAACAAAAUUCCAAAUAACCAAGGAAUCAGGCUACUUCUGGGUGCAUAAAAAACUGACAUCUAAGAUUGUAUUAAGAGAAGAACUUUAUGUCAAAAGUCUUUGCUUAAGCAUUAAUUUUACCACGUAGACAUCAGUCACUUUAUUUGAAAAGCAUAAUAUUGAGUGGGAGAAUCUGAGUAUGAAGUUUCUCCAGUGUCCACUUCAUACCUAGUAAGAGCAAUGGAGAAAACAGUCUGUUUUUUCUUACGUUUGGACAACUCAAAGCAGACCAGAAGUCUUUGAAUUAAUAUUUCCUUUGUAGACUUAGUCUCUCACUCACUAAUACCUGCUAAUAAUUUGAUUUUUAAAACGGUCCUUAAAGGACCAUCCUAAUUAAAAGCAUUCUACCUGCAAUAAAAUGUAAGUAAACUGUUCUAUUAAAUUGCAUGUUGCUGGAAAUAGCAGGACAGUGUGUGUUGCAGCUAGAGGACUGCAGCUUUUUAAUAUUUUUACAAUUUUUCCUUUCUCAAGAAAUGUACAAUACUGCCCUUGAUGUCAGUAUUUGGUGAUGAGCUCUCUCAUCUAGGGUGUUAGAAUAAAUAUUUGCAGGUAAAAGACCAUUUCAUGAAUUUCAAAGAAGUAUACAAAUGUAAGGUGCAAUUAUCAUUUAUUUUAUUGUAAAAUAGAAGCCAAAAGAGAAAAAACCACUUUUUUUUCCCUUUUAAACAUUGAAAAGGCAUCAUGAGAAAGAAAUGCUUCCAAUAGGAAUACUGGUCAGUGGUUGUCAGUUUCAAACAUCCUUCACUGUCAAAUCCUGUUUCUCACUUCUUUGAUAUGAACAUCAGCUGACAGUCACUGAAUGCAAAGCCUUCUUCAUUGAGGUUUUAUGUAGGCAACAUAGUCCUUCAUAGCAAAGCAGUCUGAAAAAUUGGCACCUGCAGGAUUUGCAUGUGAAAAAAACUAGUCAGUUGCAUUUUACUGGAGUCUUGUUACUGUAAGUUAUGUAAGUUCAGUGAGGAAAGCUAUUUGUUGCUUUUUGCCCACUUAAAGUUUUUUGUUUCAUGGACAUCUUAUUCAUAUAGUAUUCACAGACUAUAUUGAUAGUGUUCUCUGGCUUUAGAAAAGUUAUUAUGGAAUGGAGUAAUUUUUAAUGAAGUGCUUAUGGAGUGCAUUUACAAUCAUAGUUAAUUUUUUACAUGUGCCUUAAAAUGAUGACUCCCUACCACUUUCAGAGUAAUGUAUUAGAAGUUAAACAAAUGCAUAAAAUUAGGUUAACAAGUAUCUUCUGAAAAUAAUCUAAGAUUUCAAGAGGUAUAUAUAUAUAUAUAUUUCGUUAACAAGUUAAAAUCUAUAAGAAAAUAAAUUAUACCUUUCAUACUUCUAAACUUCAGGAAAAAUACUGCUUCCCCCCACUUGUUAAAUUUUGUCACCUAAAUACCUCUUAAAAUACCAUACUUGGCCCUAUUUGUGCAAAAUAAUAAAUGAAUGUUAAGUCAACUAGAACACCUUUGUGAACCUCAGAGUAUUAUCCAUCAGUGGGAACAUUUUAUCCAGAAUAAAUUAUUCCUUAUUAUCUAAAACGACACCUUCCAACUUCACUUUUUUACAGCCAUUAAUAGAAGAGUUCCUAAAUAAUGUUUAAAGAACAGUGAACAUUUUAUUAAAGCAAACAUUAGUCCAGUUUAAUGGAGGUAAUUGUAAGUGAUAAGACAGAGCAGGUUAUCUCUGUGUUGUUUAAACAGAAGGAGCUACUUUGCACGAUUUCCAGUAGCCAUCUGUAGAAGAGAAGGGUUUGCACCUGUCUGUCCACACUAAUUAUAGAUUAGGGCCAAAGAAAUGAAAUUCGAGGAGGUUUUCAGCUAAUGAAAUCCAUACUGAUUUUAUUGUAAAUGUGUUUUAUGUAAAGAGGGUGAUGGUUGAGUUAUGAGUGAAUAAAUUGCUAUGUAGCUGCUAGGCACUUGGUUCUGAAGCACAAUUCUGCUGCAUUAACCUUUGAUAUUAAAAAAAAAAGACAAACAACUUAGACAUGGAUGCUAGCCUUUGUUUGGCAUCCCUAGCUACAGUUUAGUGAGCAGCAGUGAGGUUCAGUGUACAAUUGGAAAAUGUGCUGUAAAGCAGCUUAAAUGUUAAGAAUAUUCUAAUAUUUUGAAAUGCAGAUGGAAGUAUAAGGUAGGUUUUAACUUAGGCAUAUAAAAUAUUAGAAAACUAGAAAGUCUUUUUUCUGCAUUUCAGUUUCAGAGAAAUUAAAGCAAAUGAUUGAGGAAUGCAUUCUGCAAUAAAAGGUCACAUGAAUGUCUACCACAUCUGUUUAUAGUAAUUAUGAACAUAAUUAACAUAAGAAUUACAAAUGAAAUAAUGACAAGCUGAGCAAUGAGAUAUUAUGCCAUAAUGGUCAUAUGUUGGAAUUCGCACAUUAUAGCACACUAGAAUUCACAUACUCAAAGAAAGAAAGAAAGAAAAUGCUUGAUUUUUAUCUGAAUUAAUGCUUCAAAACUUAUCUGCCUGGGGCAGAUGGACUUCUUGCUUUUAUAGGAAGGUAACCUAUUAUUAAGAAAAGAACUACUUAAAAUUAAGAUUUCUACUCUCUAGCCUGGACUUUAAGACAGCUGUGAUUAUAGAAACCACUUUUUGUUGCACACUUAUUCUGUGAUUAUACUUGAUUAUUAUAUUGCUUUUUGUUCUCCCCUUAAAUUGAAAGCUUUGCAGCAAAAUGUUUGCUUUGGAAGAGAGUCAUGGAUUCUUCCCAUUUGAGAAUUGGUUGAUCUUUUCUAUAACUGUGAGCCAAAAGUCAAUGAACAAACAAGAUAGUAAUAGAAAUACUGUGCCUUUACAAAUAAGAACACUGGCAGAUUAAGCUUUCUGUGCAAUUCUCUUCAUGCCUUCAGUAUUUGGAUGCUUUUAUAAGAAAAAUGUAAGCCUUUUUUGGGUUUGAAAGUAGUGCAUUGUUUUGUUUCUAAUAACGUUUUUUUUUUUAAAGAGCAUGUAAUGGAAAAAUCGGUGGGCAUUUGUAUGUAUUUUUUCUUCCUAGAGCUGCGAUGAAUUUAUGAGCAUUUGCAUGUAGUCUGUGUCCAAAUUGAGAGCUAAAAUGUAAGGAAGUGUAUGUGGUUGUGUCUGGUUGGUCUGAAUGCAGUUUUCUGUAACAGCCAGAGAAAAGGUUAAAAGUGACCUUUAAUGAGAACGGAAAUGAUACUCCAGAAAUCUGUUACUGAAUUUAAAACAUGUAAGAAUGACAGGUUUUCACCCAUUCAGGGCUCACCCUAUUUUGUACUGUGUCCUGCCAAAUGGUUUACUUUUUGUCCUCAUACCCUUCUCUAUUGAACCUGGUCACUUUUUGAAGAUUUAUGGAGGAAUACUACCUUGUUCUCAUCUCAGUGAUACCACGAGAUUUUCCACAUUAUUGGAUUACUGGAGGAUUGUGGCAGACCCCUUUUUAUCUGACAUGCAUUGCAUGACAAGAUUUUUCACAAGUGCCCUUCCCCCACCCAUGCCAAUCUUUUUAGAUUUUGCUUUACCUAUCAAAUUCCCUUAAUUCUUUUCUUGGGGUGGGAGCAUGGGCUGGAGGGACCCACUACACAGAAAACUGUGUUUUGGUUGUUCAGGAGGAGAGUGCUUGCUUAAACAGUGCCUUCCCUAAUUUUCUAAAGGGCUUCUUCAAAUUUGUGUCCUCCAAGAGGCUGGCUGCUAGCUCUCUUGCUCUUCAGUGUUUUUCAAUACUCAGUAACCUCACUCUUCCCUGUCCCCAAUUUUGUCCCUUUACAUGGAGACCCCACGCAUAAACUAUUUUAUACCCUGAAGUUUCACUGUAGCUGGGGCCACAGCGUGUGCCAUGAACAAUUAGGCAUUAUUGGCUGUUUCCUUCUGAGCUCAGUCUUCAUCCUGCAGUCAGAGCUUCUUAACCAAGCUGCAAUGCCUUGAAAUACAGUACAACCAAAACCUCUUCCUCCCCCCUAGUAGAAGAACCUUCUUUGCUGCAUUAUCUGCACUCCAUUAAGGAUCUGAUCAGAUACUCAGAUUGUCUGAUGGGCACAUUUAAAAGUGAAAAGGGGCUCCCUUGGGACUACUCAGGUGUGUCUCCCUCCUGAUCCUGAUGGGGGGAGGAGGGAGAACUCUGGUCUGACGCAGGAGCAUUAGCCCCUGCUGCUGCUUCUCUGAUUGAUUCUUGGGCUCUGGGUGGGUGAAGAGCUGUGAAGCAGCUCAAGCUCAGAUUGAUUACCUCAAUUUCAAAUUCCCACCUCCAAAAUAGACUUUCAGAUGUACACAGAAGGAACCCACUUCCCCCAGCACAGUUUCUGGAGGUGGAGCAGGUGUCUUAGAGUCACCUGUAGCCACCAAUCACAAGUCGUCCUUAUCACAGUGAUGCUGGCCACACAAGUCGUCUGCUCGGAACAUUAAAGCCCAGAAAAAGGAAAUACUUGAUGUCUGUGUCCACAUCUGUAUGCAUGGGCUGGGAGGAGGGGUUUGUUGGAAUUCAGGAGUAUUGGGGUCUGAAAAGAAAGGGAAAGAACUCCCUUUGACGUUGGUCUGGAAGGCUUUGUAACUGCUGUGAGGGCUCAACUAGACUUGUUUUGCAAAUUGUGGCCAUUUGGAUGGAGGUGAGAUGGUAAACGUCUCAUUGUUAUUCUCUGCCAUGAGAGAGCACUUGAAUCCCCCUCUGACCUUGACAGAACCUCCGAAAUGUUCCUGUGUAGCCCUGGAGCAGGAAAUACAGUUUGCUAGUCUGAAUUCUUCCCUUUUUCUCUGUGUAGUGGUCGUUUUGGAAAGGCAGGAGAUCCCCACCCUGGCUCUCAGCCUCAGCCAACCUCAGGGCACCUUGUCCCCACUUGCCACCCCAUCCUGGGCGCCGAGCCCCCACCCACUCGUCGGUCUCCUCCUCCAGCCCGGGUCUCCCCCACCUUCUUUUCCUCCCUCUCCCGCUCUGUCUCACACGCACCCUCUGUUUAUUUUCCUGCCUCCAUCUGGGCCCUGCUGAUACUGUAAUCACCCUGAUGCACGUGGGCUGCUCUCCUCUCCCUCCUGCGCUCACACACUCACUCACACACAAUGUGCCAUCCUGACAAGCCUUUUACUUCUGAUAAGCUCCGAUGUGUGUUUAAUGAAUACAAAGCCGCGGUCUGGGUACCGCCUCGGCUGCGGCCGCUCUCCUGCGCUCCUUUGCCAGAAGAUCGGACUGAGAAGCACUCCACGAUGCCAGACUCACCUGUGGAUGUGAAGACCCCGUCUAGGCUGACUCCUCCCACAAUGCCACCUCCCCCAACAACUCAAGGAGCUCCAAGAACCAGUUCAUUCACGCCGACAACGUUAACUAAUGGCACAAGCCAUUCACCCACAGCCUUGAAUGGCGCCCCCUCGCCGCCCAAUGGUUUUAGCAAUGGGCCUUCCUCUUCCUCCUCCUCUUCUCUGGCUAAUCAGCAGCUGCCCCCGGCCUGUGGCGCCCGGCAGCUCAGCAAGCUGAAGCGGUUCCUUACGACCCUGCAGCAGUUUGGCAACGACAUUUCACCAGAGAUUGGGGAGAGAGUGCGCACCCUUGUACUAGGACUGGUGAACUCUACUUUGACAAUUGAAGAAUUUCAUUCCAAACUGCAAGAAGCUACUAACUUCCCACUGCGACCUUUUGUCAUCCCAUUUUUGAAGGCCAACCUGCCCUUGCUGCAGCGCGAGCUCCUGCACUGCGCCAGGCUGGCCAAACAGAACCCUGCCCAGUACCUCGCCCAGCACGAACAGCUGCUUCUGGAUGCCAGCACCACCUCACCUGUUGACUCCUCAGAGCUGCUUCUCGAUGUGAACGAAAACGGGAAGAGGCGAACUCCAGACAGAACCAAAGAAAAUGGCUUUGACAGAGAGCCUUUGCACUCAGAACAUCCAAGCAAGCGGCCGUGCACUAUCAGCCCAGGCCAGCGGUACAGUCCAAAUAAUGGCUUGUCCUACCAGCCCAACGGCCUGCCUCACCCCACCCCACCUCCACCCCAGCAUUACCGUUUGGAUGAUAUGGCCAUUGCCCACCACUACAGGGACUCCUAUCGACACCCCAGCCACAGGGACCUCAGGGACAGAAACAGACCUAUGGGGUUGCAUGGCACACGUCAAGAAGAAAUGAUUGAUCACAGACUAACAGACAGAGAAUGGGCAGAGGAAUGGAAACAUCUAGACCAUCUGUUGAACUGCAUAAUGGACAUGGUAGAGAAAACAAGGCGCUCUCUCACUGUACUGAGGCGAUGUCAGGAGGCAGACCGGGAGGAACUCAAUUACUGGAUCCGGCGGUACAGCGACGCUGAAGACUUAAAAAAGGGCGGCACUAGCAGUGGUCACUCCAGGCAGCAGAGUCCUGUGAACCCAGACCCCGUGGCAUUAGAUGCACAUCGGGAAUUCCUUCACAGGCCUGCUUCUGGAUAUGUGCCAGAGGAGAUCUGGAAGAAAGCUGAGGAGGCCGUCAACGAGGUGAAGCGCCAGGCGAUGACUGAGCUGCAGAAGGCUGUGUCCGAGGCCGAGAGGAAAGCCCAUGACAUGAUCACGACCGAGCGCGCCAAGAUGGAGCGCACGGUGGCCGAGGCCAAGCGGCAGGCGGCGGAGGACGCGCUGGCGGUCAUCAAUCAGCAGGAGGACUCCAGUGAGAGCUGCUGGAAUUGUGGUCGUAAAGCAAGUGAAACCUGCAGCGGCUGCAACACGGCCCGGUACUGCGGCUCCUUUUGCCAGCACAAGGACUGGGAGAAGCACCACCACAUCUGCGGA